AUGUCUUUCGAAGCCUUCCUUCCAAAGGACUUUGAGGAAGUCGAAGAGGAAAGCGAAUCACAAGACCCAACAUGGCUCGAGGAAGAGAUGAUGAAACAGCAGAGGGAGGAUGUGGAAACACUCACUUCAACAAAGGAGCAGAUAGUAGCCGAAUUAGAGCGGCUUAAAUCCGCUGCAAGUCACUAAUAUUUUUAAUUCAUUUCUACUGAAUCAAAUUAGUAGCAAUUUAGGUGAUUGGGACAGUGAUCCAAUGUCCGAUCAGUCUUGCAAAUUUGGGAGUGCGCGAGAUCAGUUUAAGCGUCGAGACCUGUUUUACACUCCGCUUGGUGAUUACCUUUGAGACUGCGAAAUUAAAGGACUGGCUUGGGUUCUAUGGGAACGGACAAAGCGUUCGUACGUUAUGGAGACUUUCGGAUAGUUAUUCCGAGUGAAGUAGUCGGAGAUAUAAGCUGUUUUUUUUUAAUAGGCGGAAGCUGCGAUCGUGAUACAUGAACACAAAGGGGUUGUGUGACUCUGUGUCCCAUUGCUUCUAGUCGGCAACGGCACUUUCGAGGCGGGCUAGUACUUCAAUUUCACAGUCCAAAUUUUAAUCGUCAAGUGGAAGGGAAACCGACCGGGAAAUGAUUGAAGGUUCGAUGACAACUCAAUCACUGGGCGUAUCGAUUUUCCGUCACUUAUAGUGUCCUCGUGCAAACUUCCGGAGUCAAAUAUCGUUAUUGCUGCCGUAGCUCGGUUGAUAGAUUCUAAAAAUUGAGGGUACAGAUAAAUUCAACUCAUUUUCAAUUUUUCCAUUAGUUGCUUCUGAGUUUAACUGCGUUCAAUUCUCAGUGGUUAAAAUAAGUACCCGGUGCAUCAUGGUGGGGGGAUAAUUGACAAAACGCUUAUUUCACCCUUUACCCUACUUUUCGCCCAGAAAUAUUUAUUAACGUUUGAAUCAUCUUCACUGGAAUUUAGCUACCUAAGUUAUUUUCCAACAUAAAACUUAACAUGUCUCCUAAUCGUUGAAAUUCCCAUUCUCUCAAUUUAGCACGUUCUCUGUCAUUUUCCGCUAAAUAUUAACUAGUACAACCUACCCAACAGAAACGUAGGCGACUAUUUCUACUUGUUAUAUAGUCUACGUGCAUAAAUGCAACAGGCCACAUAGCAGAGACUUGGUAAGAUAGCCCGCAAGAACCAAAAAAGUUUGUGAGCAAAUUGGAAAUCCUUCUUGGUAGGCAGUUUAUUCUGUGCAAAAUAAAUCUAUUCCGACCUAAUAGGUUCCAAUUUUUCACUCGAAAAAGUAUUGUCCUUCAUUGUUUGAAAGACACGAUUUUAAGUAUCAUGGGAGGGAGGCGGCUCACCAUGUAACUCAGCUUGAGCCACCGUCUGUUUGUUGACAUAUUUGACUUAACGGGCACAAUGUUGCCACUCACCUGAUUUUAACUUAUUUCGUCGUUUAAGUGAGUAUGUGACUACUCUAAUUUGUUUUUACCUGAUUUAUAAUUUUUGCUCUGCUCUUCUCUGCAGGCGCCGCUAUGCCUCUUUGGUUUUCUUCAGAGUUCUGACAUGAAGCAUAGUAUAGACCGUCAAGCUCAAAUACUUUAUGACGUCACUUAAAGCAAUGGGUCUUCCAGGCCAACCUGUAGAGUAUAGCCACCUCAUGACAGAAAAUGACCUAAUAGUACUCUUUCUACAGCUUAGAACUGCAAAAUUGUGCCCUAAAUGAUUUGUUCUAGACGUUGGCAGACUUUAACGGAGCGUUGACCUGCUCGAGCUAGGGUAAAGUCUAUAUGCGAAGACAAAGAUAAAUUUUAAUCAUUUGUUAUUUUUUGAAACAGACAUUUAUUCGAAUUCGUGUUCACAACAAAAUUAUUGUGAUAAAUUCUAGUAACAUCUCUGCAAUGUUCUAGUUAGUUUACACUGGAAGGGAAAAUAAAUGUGGCGGGACUAAAUUUUACUAGAAAGGACGCCGCUCAGUGGGUUCUCUUCUAUAUCUAUUUAAUUGUUCGGAGCCUUGGAAUUUGGCCCCUGAGUUUGCUGUUCGCACAUCAAAUUUGACCGACAGGAAGAAACGCUUUUUUAAGGAAAAUAUGAAAAAAGUAGAGUAAGGAUGCGAUCAAAUGUCUACUUUCACGGAGGGCGUCCAAAAUAAAAUCAAUAACGACAAAUGUUUGCUUCCAGUACUUGAGAAACCAUCAAGCAAUAGAUGCCCUCACCAGAGAGCAAACAUGGAGAAGUUUCCGCAUCUCGAAACAAAUAAAGAUAUUUAGAUGUCUAGACCGAAGAAAAUACUAUGAUUUAUAUCGAUUUAUAUAAGAUAGUAUGAGGCCAUAUUCAGGCUAAUAAUCUCGAAUGUUAGUAGAACGAGAGAAACAGUCUAAGCUCAUGAAAACAUGCAGAAAUACAGUGAGGUGACUACCUUAAAAGUAGCCACUUUCCCAACUAAACCUGGACUCGGACCUCUAGAACAUGUGAAAAUCCGCAAUCCGGAAUUCUAAAAAAAGGCGUUUCGGAUGGCUCAUCGUAGAUAUAGAAUUUGCACUGCGUUAGACCUCAGAUUUCGGUAUCGAAACUUAUUAAAAUUCAAAAAAGCAUGCUGAAGUGUAUUUGACUUAACACAGUUAUAUUAAUAAGCGAUGAAAAGUCAUUUUCAACGGGAUAACCAUGUUCUCGUUACGUGCGGCAUUACGUUUCCUCGAUCUGUUUUCGACAGAAUCAUCUUUAAAGUGUGCAAAUAUGUAGAAAACUUCAAACAGAAAGUGGAAAUUCCAACAGACCUGUCGUGUUAAUUAUAAUUGAAGUGUACCUUGAAUUUAGAGGUCGUAUUUGGCGAACAACUAUACAUAUAGGCAAGGAAAGUAAUUGUAGGCUUAGAUCUUAUGCGAUACUUUUUGGAAAUUUAAAAAUGGAGGCAAGACAGUUGGAAUCAUGUCUUAUAAAACCGGAUUUAUACCGAUAGCACCGUUGACGUAUAAGGCGCAUUGGCGGAUUAGGCUUGUAAUGGAGGCGGAAUCUGUCCCACAUCCCCGUACUUUACGAAGACGGAUACAUUAAGGAAUAAUUCAAAGACGCAUCAAUGGGUGAACUUCUCGGGACAAUGCAUGAAAAGCAAUAGAUUUCGCUCGCCCAACCUGAAACAUCACAUGGAACUCGGUGUUUGUCAUCGGAGCCAGGAUAAAGAUCUACCGACUAGCGUUUGAUGUAAUUUCUAGUUAAAGAUUGGAUAAAAUCCAAAAUAUUAUGAAGGAAACUAGUUAGUUAAAAUUUUUUGUCAUCCCGAACAUUCAGAAAACACAGCAGCAAAUCAUGCAAAGUAUUGCAGAGAAGAACUGCCUUUGGGCCAAAGUAUUUUCAUCGGUGAUAUUCCCCAUUGAGGACCCAAACGGCUGUUUAAGGCACGACUUCUUGUCCAACUUUGCUGCCUCCAAAGAGCAGGUGCUGCUUCGCCAGACUCAGUUAUGAGGCUGAAGGCAAAGACCGGCUGCCGACCAUGGCCAGCUCGGAGAGGAUAUCUACCCUCGACCUCCCCCUAUUCAGCAAUCUAGAUGAAGCAAGCUAGUUAGUGUUAAUUGAAGAUACUACAUGCACGUCCUCAGAUAGCGCUACGUAGAAGGUGAAAAGGAGAAAUCACUAUACUGCUUCCUGCUUCUUGCUUAAUGGACUUUCCAGGUGCCCGUUCGAUGAAACCUGGUUGCCCAGGCUAGUCUUCUGGACGCAAAAUACUUUAGGAGAUGACCUACGGUUUGCCACAAUGAAAAACUGAUCAGCCAACUGUUGUGUAAACCAGCGUUGAAUAAUUGCUCGGAAUUAUCCGUCUACUGUAACACUCCCUUUCAGAUUUAUCCAACCCCUCCCAACGUUUAUCUUACUUUCUAAAUCAUUCAUCCCCAGAGAAUUGAUAGCUAUCGGUCUGUAAUUUUCCACCUAGAAGAAACCAAAAUAGUUAAUUAGACUGUUUCUGAAACAGCCGCAACUUCCUAUUCAGGCAUGUCUUUUUCUGUAACGAAAGUCGCACAUGGCUCAGGACUUUCGGACGCUUAUCGUCCUUUUUCCUCCACAGAUUGAGAAUAUGGCCAACAUGAAUGACAACCUCACAGACCUACAGAAGGUGGAGACAACGGAAUUUGAGCUGGACACCGAAGAACACAAUGCCAUUUUAGACCAGACGAACUUAAUACUGAAAAACGUAAGUAAAUCGGAAGGAUGUUCAUGGAUCAAGAAGGAUUUAAGCGUUUUCAUUAUGUGCGGGUUUGAAAGUUAGUGUAGUAUCGGUAACAGUGUAAUUCAAAGAGAAAUUAUCCCAACAAAACAGUGUAAGACUGAGUGUGGUCACUCAAUUUAAGGUUCUGUUUCCUUUGUAAUAGUAGAAGCUUUCAACGACUUUGUUAAUCUGUUUGCGUGAAAAUCACUACACAUGUGCAUGUAAGUGGGUUACCUGAUAAACGGUGGUUGUGCGGGGCUACCACCAAUUUUUCUAUUAAAAACGUUGGCGUCACUAAAAAUAAAAGCGGGAUGUUUAAGCACGUAAAUACAUUUCCUUUCAAAUUUUUUUAACAACUUGAAAUUUGAACCUUUGACUUUAAUCUAGUCAGUCGCUAGAAAAUUUCACUUGCAUUGGUGUCAAAAUGUAAAUGUUAACUUGCGACUGUUGACUCAUUCGAAAAUUCACUGCAGGAAAUGCAAAACGUCAGUUACUCUUCAUGCAGAAAGAUUUUGUUCAUGCCGUUCUGGUGUUUAUGUACGCUGUCUGGAGUGAAGAUUCCCUAAGACAUAAUUUCCCUGCAACAUCCUCAAAACGAUGUACACCCUAACUGUGGUUGCUACGUGUAAUAUAGGAAAAGACUAGCAUUGCUAUGGACGCUGUAUUUCUUUAAACACGGUGCAUCUCUUUCCUCUGGAAUGCCCAUAUACAAUUUCCUAGUCUUAUUCUCGGGAAACGGCAAUUUUAUGGCUCAAAAAUA